AUGGGAUUACCGUCAAAGGGUGAUAUGAGGCUACUUGACUUCAAGGUUCAGGAGGCGUUUUACACCAAGAUUGUGGAUCGAUACAUGGCCAUUUGCUCAGAUGCAGGUCAAGGCGUCGAACUGCUGCGACGAUUCUCAUCCCUUCGUAUUCUUGACUCACUGAAUGUCCAGAGUUGCUCCGGCGCUUCGGGUGCUGUGAGCGAUUGCACUGGUGCGAUUUCUGGAAAAUUCACGGAAGGAACUGCUAGAUCCAAAAACCUUCCAAACAUCCUCACGGCGUUGCGGAAACUGAGAGAAGGGGUUGUCGCGGCGAAACGGAUGGAUGUAUUUGCGGCGCAGGUGUAUUUAUUCUCCAUAAGGACGUCGAUUCUCGCCCGAGAUCCUGAAUCUUACCACCCCGCCAUUCUCCAUUUGCUACGCGUUAUUCAGCCUCGAGCCUCUCUUACACCCUCAGAGGUCGACGAAGUCGCCGGGUAUCUGGUGCUGGACGCGGCGUGCCGAAGGAGGCAGCUGGCCGAAGCCGUCAGCCUCCGUCACCAGUAUGGACUGCGAGACAAUUAUGUGAAAGAGGCUCUCCAUGCAGUCAUACACGACAACUAUGCUGCUUUCAGGCGCAUACAGCGACGCAUAGACGGGUACAAAGCGAGGCUCAUGGAAUGGGCAGAUAAGGACAUGCGGUUGCAUAGUCUCAAAUGUUUGGGCCGAACCUAUCACUCCGUAGACCUGAAGUUUCUAGAGACUAUUACAGAAUCAAGUUGGAACGAUUUAAGAGCAAAAGAUGGAGUUGGAUGGGAGUUGAUGGAGGGUAAAGUGAUUAUUCGCAAGGUAAAGAAUCGGUAG